CUGCCUUGUUUUUUGGGCUGUGUGCGAGCUUGCAUUGUCUUGGUGGAGGUUGAUUCUUCUUUCGGGGUUGAUUUUUCGAAGCUCGGUGAUGACUUUUGGCAAACAAAUCCGCAGUAAUAGUUCUUUGCUCAUUAAUAAUAGUUCUUUGCUCUUCGAGAACGGAUGACUUUUGUUGGCU